AAUCAUCAAACGACAAACAAAAUGGAAACAACCAUCAUCAGUGACAAGAAUGAUGAUGAAAAAUUAACCAAUGAUAUUGACAUUGAUGAUUCGAAUGAACCGAAAAUAAUGAUGGUGGUAAAAGAUUCUUCUUCACCAAAGCCACCAUCAGAACCACAGUCGCAAACGGAUUUUGAAAACAUGGAUGAUGAAAAAUUAACCAACGAUCUAGAUUUGGAAUGUAAAAAAAUUGAAACUUUGAUACAAACAUUGGAUCAAAUUGAAUUAGAAUCAUUACCAUCAUCUGAUGUUGACGUUGAUGAUGAUCGGAAUGAUGCUGCUGAUGAUAUUCGAUCUGAACAUUGCCAACCCGUUGAUGAUGAUGACGAUAAUGAUGAAAAAUCUACAAUAAAAUUGGAUGAAAAUAAAGAAGUGGAAGAAAAAAUUGAAAUAAAACAGACAAAACAAAUUCCAAUACCAAAAGAACGUAAAUCAAAAUGUUUUAUUGUCAAAAAUGUUGAUGAUAAUAAUAAUGACGAUGAGCAACAACAGCAACAAAAACAACUUGAAAUAUCAAAAGAAAAAAUGCCAACAGCAACAACAUCCAAAGAAAAGCCAAAAAUUUAUCCCGAUGAUCUUAAUCCAUUCGGUGAUGAUGAUGAUGAUGAAAUUCAAGAUGAAAAAUCAUCACCGAAAUCAAAAACUGUGAUUAAAAUUGAACAUUAUCCAGGAGAUUUAAAUCCAUUCGGUGAUGAUGAUGAUGGUGAUCAAAAUAACAGUUCCUUAAAUCCAUUCGGAUCGGAUGAUGAUGAUGAUGAUGAUAAACAAAUCAAAUUAACCAAAACACCUGAUCAACAGCAACGAUCAUCAAUGAAAUCAUCACCAACACCAACAUCGAAACGUAAAAAAAGACCAGCACCACCACCACCACCACCACAAACAUUAUCAUCAUCAUCAUUAUCGAAUAAAUCUAAUCAAUCAUUGGAUCAGAUAGUGGAUAAAUCGAUGGUUAUCGCAAAAGAAUCUGAUUCGCAAAUGUUUGAUUCAUUCAUAUCAAAUGCAUCAUCAUCGAAUUUUGAUACAGAAUCAUUUGAUGAUGAUAAUGGUGGUGAUGGCGGUAAUAAUAGCCGAAAUAGUAUUCAUCAUCAAUUAGAUGUGCCACGAACACCAACACCAUUACCAAGACGACGAAAAAAUAAUCAAAAUGAUGUUAGUAGUGAUGGCCGUAAAUCAUCGAGUUCAUUGAUUGUUUCGUCCAUCACCGGUAGUAAUAAUAAUGACAUCGAUGGUAAUGAUUCUGUACAGGCACAAUUAAAAGCAAUAAAAAAUAAAAAACGUCCAGCACCACCACGACCAGCAUAUAAACGUGAAUUAAAACAAUCAACCAUUGAAGAUAUGGAUAAAGAAUUGAAUGAUAUUGGUGAUCAAUUACCAAUUGUUGAAAAAGAACGUUUUGAAUUGGAAAAAUGGUUAUUAUUAUUGAAUGAAGAAAAAGAAUCCGAACCACAACAACAGCCGGAAGAACGUGAACAAAAAUUGGAAAGAUUUUUAGAAUUAGCAAGGGAAAAAUGUAAACUUUGUCGUAAACAAAAAGAAUUAAUGUAUAUGAAACGUGAACAUAAACUUGAAGAAAUACAAUUAGAAUUAGAAUAUCAAUUACGGAUUAUAAUGUCAAAACAAGAUGCACAAAAAACAGCGGAUGACCGUGAUGAAGAACAACGUUUAUUGAAAAAAAUGAUGGAAAUUAUUGAUGAACGUAAUGAUAUUAUUGAAAAUAUGAUACAAGAUGAAAAUAAAGAAAUUGAAGAAUAUCAGAAAAUUAUUGGUAAAGUUAUUGAUAUUCGAACCAAAUCAGAGGAAAGGGAAAUAGGUGGUGGUGGUGGUAGUGGCAGUGGCAGUAAACAUCAUCAUCAUCAUUUGAAACCAUUUCAUAAAUUGAAAAAAUUGAAUAAAAAAAUUAAAACCAAACUUAAAUCGAAUAAUAAAAAACAACAUCAACAACAAAAUGGUGAUGAUCAUAGUCAAGAUGGUAAAAGUAUUGAUGAAAGUUCUGAAUCAAUCAAUAGUGGUGGUUCAACAUCGAUUAAUGAUUUAUCAAUAGGCCAGGAUUGUCAAUCGAUUGGCAAUACUUCGGUCGUCGAUGAUGGUGGUGAUGGUGAUAAAAAAUCUGAAAAAUCAUUGACAAAAAAAUCCUCAACAUUUGGACGAACAACAUUGAAAAAAUUAUCAAAUCCAUCGAAAACUAUUUUAAAUGUUUCGAAUGAAUUGAAAUCAAAAUUUCAUCAUAAAUCACAUUCCAACAUUACGAAUCAAUGAAUGGAUGAAGAAUUUCAGAAGAUAUUUAUUUUGUUAAA